AUGUGCGAAGCAUUGCCCCGCAGCAUUCGGCAAAACGGGGCGGACGCGGUAGAUCUUAUCCGCGUACAUUCAUCUUAUAUGCAGCACAUGAAGGCGUUCUUCCUCGCUUCCUUCGUAUGUGCCGUGGCGUCGGCUGCCGGCAAGUAUGAAGUCUGCACCAAGGGUUGUCUCGGUGGUGGUAUCGAGCCACUGACCAACGAACGCGCCCUCAUCCAAGCGCCAUGUUUUGUGUGGGUCUCGGCAAGUCGCGUGGACUGUUAUUCUUACACAUCGCCCACGAGCGGAAUGUGUCCAUUUGGCGCGUCCUCGGUUGACUGUGCUCAAGCCCCUGUCACUACCACGACCAGCGCGCCUACCACCACCACUUCCACGUCUCCACCUACGACGACGACUUCCCCAUCCACGUCCACUGCAUCACUGGCUCCGUCGACCACAUCGUCUAGUACUUCCGACAUCACGACCAACAACACGACUCCCGACGCUCCGUCCGAAAAGGGCACAUCAUGGGGCAACGCGCCGUACUUUAUCGCAGGCGGGGUCGCGCUUGUUGCGCUCGGCAUGCUGGUGAUUAUCCUUGUGCGCAAGUCCCGCCGUCCCGACGACGACGACGACAACGACGUGCAUGCGUUGCACCUGGAACAGCACACCAAGCAGAUCACAAAUGAACCGACCACCGCCUAUGUGAUUCCCGCCUCCGUGGCAUUCCCAUACACUCCCACCAGCCAUCAAGUGGACCCCCAUGCCAAACAUAACGGAUCGCUCCAUCAGCAGCCCAUGUCUUCGCCGUACGGAGGGAUGCGCGCCACCAACGAGUCGUUCGUGCGGCCGCGACUUCCUAGCGGGCCCGUGGACCCCCCUCUUCGCCUUCCCACCGUGGACCCGCCGCAAGACUACCGAGCGCUAGAAGCGGAGCGGGGGUCGGUCACGUUUUAAUAUAUGUCAUGUUGCUUCA